AUGCACGUAAAUCUCCCAAAAAUCAUAGUACUCCACAGGCCAUACUAUUGCUUUAUCCAACAUACAGAGUCCUAUUCACCUCUGACCGUUGCCCUUCAAACCCUAUCCUCUGUUUCUCCCAUCUCCAGCUCCAAAGUGGCGACUUUUCUCUCUUCCUUCGCCCCCGCGGCCAUCGCCAUUAUUCUUACCUCUCCCUUUCCUUCUCUAGCUACACUUCCCCUUGCCCCGCAGACCUUCUCCACUUCCUCCACCACUCCCUACUCCCAAUCUAAGAGUUUGAAAUUAGGAUUGGAAGAUGGAAAGAUUAGGGCUUGUCCGUCAACUAAUCCAAGUUGUGUUUCUACUAACCCGCUGUCGUCUUCCUUUGCUUUUCCAUUGGUGAUUCCCCAGGGCUCUUUACAGAAUGCAGUGCAGAAACUGCGGAAUGCGAUAGUCGGCACACAAAGCAAUGUGAAGUUUGAGGUCGAUGUGGAAACCCCAUUCGGUAAAUCGAAUAUUUAUUUAGCUGAUUAUGUUGCAUCUUCAAUCUGUUUUCUUCAAAAUGUGGAGGCUUUCCAGUUUUAUUUGCAAGCCUAAAUGAUUCAGAAAGUCUGGAUGGGUUGUUUAGGAAUAGAUUUAGUUUAUGUUUG